AUGCCUGCGGCGGACGUAUCUCCCGCUGACAAACGCGCCGCUGAGGAGCGUCAGCUUGCCCUAGCGCAGGCCUUUCUGAAAGCAGAGGAGUGGGACAAGGCGAUUGAUGCGUUCAUCGCAGCGGCGGCGGCGACAAACUUCGAUAUUGCCGGGGCCGCACGCAGCGGACUUUUGCAAGCUCUUGCGGCAAAAAAAGCUGCCGAUGACCAAGACGCCAUCGACGCCGCGACCCGCAAACUGGAACUGGGACGCGCGUUCCUGAAGGCGGGAGAGUGGGACAAGGCGGUCGAAGCGCUAGAGGACGCUGCGGCCGCCGAAGACACCGCUAUCGCAAAACUCGCUCGCGACGAUUUGCAGGAGGCCAUUCGCGAGAAGGAGGCCGCACCUCUUGGCGUGAGAGCAUACUUCUCGCCGCCGUUCAAUCGAUGGUGGCCGAUCGACUAUCUGGUCUACAUUGCCGGCUUCGGUCUCCUACUUGUCGUUCUCGGUCUGAUCUGGCGCGGAUUGGCCGGCCCGCUAAUAGAGAAUGUGUCCGCAUAUUUCUUCAAGCGGGCGAACGACUGGAAGGUGUCCGUUGCCGGCAGCGCCAAGGAGGAGCUUCGCAACACCGUCUUCGACGAAUUCGUCGUUACGAUGCGUGAGCUUCGGCGCUACCAAAGCAGCGAAAGCGGACUAUCGGCCAUCGGAGGUAGCAGCGCGAGGUUUUUUACGCCGCUUUCGCUCAAGGAUCUUGUCGGGCCGGAUCUCAAUGUGCAGGGUAUCGACAUCACGCGAGUCGCCGCGAUCACGCAAACGAUCCGCGACUACUACAGCUACCAGUUCGAGCUACGCGUUGAGACUAUCGACGAGCAUGCCUACGUCUACGCCCUGUUGCGAUGGGGUGGCCGGACCGAGAAAGUCUGGCAGGUGCCGGUACUCGCCGACGAUACGAAAUUCGGGUAUCGUGAAAUCGGUCGACAUCUCGCCUUUGUCGUCUAUGGAGACAGCUUGGCGAUGCAGCUCAUCCGUCGAUACGAGGAAACCUCUUCCCGCGACCUGCUUGAGAACGCCGCGGCGGUGCUGAAGAAGUGCAUGGCGGCAAGUCCGCAGGACGCGCUUCCGCGCUUCUACUUCGGCAUUACCCAGUCGGCGCUGGGCGAUCUCAAUCAGGAGUUCGCCAUUCCGGUUUUCAAGGAGUUCAGUAGGAGUAAGGAAUUUGCUCUCCGCGCGGCGGCGACCUAUAAUCUUGCGGCAGCCUAUGUCGAGACCUAUGACCCGGAACUCUUCCGCGAGGGAAUCCAGCUUCUUGAUGACCUGUUGAAGGAGCUUCGGGAAAAAGGGGUACCGCUCGGCCAGGGUGAACGCGUGAAAGGUCUGCGCGAACGGUUCGCUGGCGAUCGCCGCAUUCGAGUGGAACAGCUCUACUACCAGUCCGAGGAAACGCGAGACUAUUUGCACAUCCAUCUGCAUGUCUGGCGGCCGCGCUGGGAAGAUAGGGUCGUGCAGAUUGAGACGGCCGCUGACCAUGCAUUGAAGAAGCUGGCUGAGCGGCGCGGUCGCAUCAAGAAGCACGAGCGGUUUCUCGGCCGGCAACGCUCCGAAAUAUGGGCUUGGCACUGGAACAAUGAAGGUUCGGUCCACGAGGUGCUCGCCGCGCUCGCUAAACGAAAGGGCACUCGAUCUGCAGCGCUCAGCGAAGCGAAGCUGGCCGAGGACGCAUACCGCAGGGCCGCCGACGCGGAUCCAAGCUUCGUUUCAUCUUUGCCGAAUCUCGGACGCAUGAAGUUCGAGAUCCUCGGUGAGGUGGAUGGUGCGAUCGAGAUAUUCCAAAAGAUUAUUGCGGUCGGCGUGGAAGACAUGUCCUACGCCCAUUUUUGUCUGGGUCAGCUCUACACCGUGAAGCGUCAGCCGAUCUUGGCUCUCGAGCACUUUCUGAAAGCGCCGGAUCUCAUACGGAGCUGA